ACCACCACCAUCACCACCACAUAAUAUCCAACACUACAAUGAUCAAUCUCGAAUCAAUUCCAGAAGAACUCAAAUCAGACAAGUCAAUCACGCCCUUCAUCGCGCGCGCACUAGAACUAGCCACCGUCAACCCCGUGGUGAGCUACUACUGCAAGUUCUACGUGUUGGACCACAUCCUCACCAACAAACUCCACACCAAGUCCAAAGACAUUGAAUCAUUCACCAUUGAAUUGCUCGACGACACCGAACAAAUCAAAAAAUCCACCGACGACGAAAACUUGCACAAGGUAUUGCAAGAUAAGAACUUGUCCAUCACUGUCGUGUUGACGUUUGCCUAUAAGCUCUUUAAUUCAUGUCUUGAAAGUUUGAAUGGAUUGACGAGAGCUAACAAAGCAGCUACUAUACAGAAGUUUAGAGCCACAUUGACAUUCUUGCAGGUGUUGUCUAUUUUCAAUUCUGAAGAGAUUGAAUGGAGUAAAUUGACCGGUGGCAAGGCUGACAGUUUUGCUGAAUUUGAUGGAUUAAACAAGGAGAAAAUUAAAGUUAUAAAGUAUCAUUUGUCGAGGUUGAUCAAGGAUGAGGUGGUUUACACUGAUGAACCUAAUGAUGAGGAAUUGGAACAGGAAUUGGAAGAUUUAACCAAGGGCGAAUUAGAUUUAGACGAACCAGAGGAAGCACAAGAAAAAGAACAAAUAGAUAAAUCAGAAGAACCCACUCCAGAGAAAGACGACCUUGUCAACCUUGACAACUUUGACGACGACAAAGAAAAAGACACCAAUGAAGUCAGUUUACCUGGAGUCCCUCACAUUCCCCCACAAGACAGUGACGAUGAUCAAGUCAAAUUACCCGGAGCACCCACAUAUUUACCUGAUGACGACAUCACCCACAUAAACAAAGAUUCUUCUAUUCACGUGUUUCCUCCAAGUCCGCCGGCGAAGCACGUACCAACCGUCAGGAAAGCAUCUGCUUCAUCUAUCCACACGAAUGUCAGUCAUGCACCAAUCACUAAAGAAACCAUCAAACAAAUCUUGAAUAGAGAUGAUACAAUUACCCAAGUGCAAAAACAUGCCAAGUUUUCCAUAUCGGCAUUACAAUUUGAAGACUUUGAUGAAGCUGAAAAGCAAUUGAAGCAAGGAUUGGAGUUGUUGCAAAUUUUAAAGAAACAGGAAGAACAUUCUUAGUAGCUAGAUAGUUUAUUGCCCAAUCGGGAUAUAAUACACAGAACGCAUGGGCUAUGCUGCAACAUUAUGUAGACACCUUUUUUUAAAAAAAAAGAUGUUUGCCGAAUUAUAAACUCAUACAUGUCUGUAACUUUCAUUAUCAACCAUGUUGUGGAGCAAUGUGAUUUUGUAACUCGCUAGAUUUCGUAUCUGAAGACCCUAUGGUAUUUGCAGAGUAAAGCUGGUUCAUGCUACCAGUUGGUCUGGUGAUGAUUAGCCAACAUGCAUACGAAAAUACGAUUUUUGGCAAGUAUUACGGAAAUUGACCGAGAUACAUGCGCAAUUUUGCAGAUACAUAUAAUUACACGUCCGCUAUACGCUAUUGGAUAUACAUGGAUCUAC